UAGCUUUUACCGUAAAAAACAACUGGAGUUAUAUCGAGAGCAAUGACAAUGAACUGACAGUAAAUCAUUCGUGGCGAGAUUUGCAACAAUGUCAACCAAGUGAUUACGCUAGGGUUAGCACGAGUGUUGGGUAUUUCAUUGAGAGUGAGAUGAAAGAUGUGUCACGUGAGGGAGGUAACCGGGCCAUGUGGAAGACGCAAGUGAUGUUCUGUUUUGUUUAUUUCGUGGGGACAAAGGUCUGGUCUUUAUUGACUCGCGAACUAGAAUCCUGAGCCGAGGAGGACGAUUCUCACAGAAAACGCCGCUUUUCUUGACGCGUUACCAGUUGGAUUAAAAAUACAGACAUAGCAGGUCCUACCAGUAUUUAGUCUUUCUCAAAAUGGACGCAGGAAAUUCGGCUUUGGCCGAAGAACAGAAAGACAAAGAGGCGGGGAUAGAAAAUGUUGCCAUCGAAAUCUCAGACGAUGACACUGAUCCGAAUUCCGGCUCUGCAACAAAUGCGCCUCCAAAUUAUGAAGAUGUCGCGAAUGAGAAUGUUAUGGUCGGUGUGGUCAAGAAACCGGAACCGGAACCGGAACCGGAAAUCGACCCCUGGUCAACUGAUUUCAUGAUGAAGCAGAAUCAGACGCCUUGGAAAGAACUAGACACGUGUGGAAAGUGGAAACGUGUCGUAUGGCACUACACCAUGUUACCUCUCAUAUUGAUUGGAGCCCUGUAUCUAUUUAUUUGUUCUCUUGACUUUCUCAGCUCGGCCUUCAAACUGCUUGGAGGAAGGGCUGCCGGUAUUGCCUUCCGCGAUAAUCAACUCCUACAGAAUCCGGUUGCUGGUUUGAUGGUUGGUAUCCUAGCUACUGUGCUGGUUCAGAGUUCUUCCACAUCGACAAGUAUCGUCAUCACAAUGGUCGCGGCGGAGAUCAUGUACCCCAGAACAGCCAUUCCCAUCGUGAUGGGAGCAAACAUUGGUACCUCUGUCACCAACACAAUUGUCUCGAUGGGCCAGAUCGCGGACAAAAACGAAUUCCGCCGUGCGUUUGGUGGCGCCACUGUCCAUGACAUGUUCAACUGGUUGUCCGUGUUGGUCCUUCUCCCGCUGGAAGUUGCAUCAGGGUACCUGUAUCGCCUGUCCGGGGCCACCGUCGCCGCAAUGGAUCUGGAGGACUACACACUGGGUAAACGAGACCUUCUCAAGACCAUCACGAGCCCUUUCACAAAGCUCGUCGUGUCUGUAAGCUCAGGCGGCAUCAAAAAUAUUGCAGCGGGAAAGGACGAAGCGAUUGAGAAGAGUUUCAUCAAGAUCUGGUGUAAAUAUAAAGAGAUCUGGAAGAUGCAGAACAAAACCUUCACCAAUGUGACCGAGAAUGGCGGCGUUAAUGUGACAUCCAAUUACACGCUGGCGGUGAACACAACGAUAAAGGUCGGGGCUCAAAAAUGUCGGUUCAUGUUCAUGAAUGUCGCUGGAGUAUGGAAGGACGAAUGGAUUGGUGCUCUAUUAUUGGUCAUCGCCCUGGUCAUUCUGUGUUCCUGCCUCAUCAUCAUCGUCAAGAUACUCAACGCCCUUCUCCGCGGAAGCAUCGCCAAAGCUUUGAAGCGGUUCAUCAACGCGGACUUCCCUGGAAAGGCUGGCUUCCUCGCGGGAUAUCUGGCCAUUCUGAUCGGGGCCGGCCUUACCAUUCUGGUCCAGAGCAGCAGUAUAUUUACCUCCGCGAUGACUCCACUCGUGGGAGUCGGUGUCCUCUCCUUGGAAAGAAUGUACCCUUUGACCCUCGGCGCCAACAUCGGGACCACAGCUACAGGCGUCCUAGCCGCCUUGACAGCAUCCACGACCAUUAAUGAUGCACUACAAGUGGCAUUGUCUCACCUCUUCUUCAAUAUCAGUGGCAUACUGAUUUGGUAUCCUAUUCCAUUCUUGCGGAAUGUCCCGAUCAAUCUUGCAAAGUUCUUGGGGAAUGAAACAGCCAAAUACCGCUGGUUUGCACUGCUUUAUCUUGUUAUAAUGUUCUUUGCCCUCCCGGGUGCAGUGUUCGGACUUUCGUUAGCGGGUUGGAAGGUUGCCUUGGGAGUGUUGUUACCCAUUGUGGUCGCCAUCAUCAUCAUCCUCAUCAUCAAGCUGAUACAGAAGAAGAGGCCGUCAGCGCUCCCACUCAAAAUGCGCGAUUGGAAAUGUCUCCCUGAGGCCCUCAGGUCUCUCCGUCCACUUGAUCGCAUCCUUCGGAAGAUAUGUCCAUGCUGUGUAUUAAAUAGAUGUCAGAAACCCAAGCUAACAGAAGAAGGGAUAAGUGUCCCUCCUGUUCGUCUGGGAAAUCAAAACGACGCUUUUGUGCAUACGGACACUCAGAGCACAACAUUAUAACGUAGAAUGCUGACACAGAAAAUGUAUAGUUGAUGCUUACUUGCCGUGUUUCUUGCGCAGAUGCCAGUGCAAAUGUCUAGUUUUACACAACAGGAACACAAAAACCUGGUGCGUUCGUAUGUCAACCUGGACUCAAAGAAGGGAGCACUUGGGUUCUUAUUUGGUAAGAAAGUCUCAUUUGAAUCGGUGUGAAUGCACCCCAUUGGCUGAUAUGAAUAAAGUCUAGCAAAUUCAUAUCACCCUGUGGCUGUGACUCCCUGUUCUCGGACGAACGACGUUCUUCCACGAGACAAACACCCGUCAUCGCGAUCGCUGCCAUUUUUAUUUCAAAAUCUCGCACCACCUCGGUUUAUAGUUUGAAGAGAACAGACACGAAACAAACAGGUCGGGGUGUCCUUUUUUCGGUUUUUCGAAUGAUCGUAGUUUCAAACAUCGUAUUAGAGUGGAACCCCCUUAAAGUGGACACCUUCUCUAUUAAUUAAUAGAGAAAAGAAUACAAGGACAAUGUACAUGUAUUUGAUUCCAAAUACAAGGUAUUUUUCAUAAUAUUUUCAAACGCAUGUGUCUUUAAUCUGCCGCGUAAGAAAGGUAAACAUUUGACAAUUUUUGCUGUAUGGGUUGACAAAAACAGACCGUUCAACUUCCACAUGCGCGGCAAGACCGUUAAGCCAUUCUGGGUCGACUUACAGAUACUAUAAGGUGUAAAAAAGAGUCUUGCUCUUUUUAAAGUUGAAGAUAAUUUUGUAUGAUACUGCUGAAAAAAAGUGCUCAGGAAUACUUUGACCGAGCCGAUUUUGAGCGCUAAUUGGGGUAAGACUGAAGAGACAUUUGGAGACCAACUUUCGCUCCUUCAAGAACCACCGUCGCCCAUAAGAUAUUUUUAAAACCAUUGGCUAGCAUACUACCACUUAAUAUUCCAUUGGAGAUGCCUAAUUACCUCAGUUGAUGUAACUCUAGCUAUGAGCUAUGUAAAAAUAAAAUAUAUUUAUGUACCAAUAUCUGCUUUUGUAUCCUGCAUAAUAUAUCGCUUGGAAAAGUUGCCUUUUCUUAAUGCUUAUUUUGCAUUGUUAUUAUACAUGUACAUGGUAGCGUAUGUGACAAGUGUGAGUUGACACUGUACAUCCCUGUUUGUAGUAUCGUGUACACUGCAUACUAUAUCACCCGGUGUGUAAAAUGCUAUGUGAAUACGUGAAACCCACUCUGGCGCAAGGAGGAGGAUAUCGCAGAAAGGGAAAGGGACGAAAAAAGAAAACUGUGAAAAAUAAUAAGUUUGUUCAAAAAAUUUUUUUUAUGACUUUCCUGAAUAAUUUUAACUAUGUGUAGUGGACAGGUAUUUACAGACCACAGAAGCCAUGAAAAAAAACACAUAAGUUUAUUUUUCGAAUGCUUUUGAUAUCAAGGGGACAAGGGGUGAUAUGAAUAAAGACUAGUAAAUGCCUUUACUUCAAUUUUGUACAGAAAUGCCUAGAGUAAAUUUACGUGAAAGCAUUUGCUAGUCUUUAUUCAUAUCACCCAACGUUUCCUCAACUUUUAACUUUAGAGAGUGAUUUACGCCGAAGUCUAUAUCUCAAUUAAUCCUCAAGAGAUGGCCAUAAUUCUUAAAACAACUCUGUACAGAAUAAGCCAGGACCAAUGACCCAUUUUCACUUAGAAUUUCCUUCGCCAGAAUGGAUCUUACUACACUUACUACAUUUACUAUAUUGAUCUAUAUUUGCUUGAUAAGUAUUACCAAGAUUUAUAAGCGAGCCUUAUGUAUUUUUGUAAUACGGGUAUUUACUAGUGUAUUUUUCAUAUGUUUAAUAGUAGUUUUUAUAGAAUGUUUUACGUUUUAUGUUUUUAUAGCAUACAUGUAUAUCCUUUUUUGUACAAGAUAUGACAAAGAAUGUUAAUAACAUGUCAUUUAUUUAAUAAAUAAAUAAAAUUUCGCCAACCGACGAAACUUUCUGGUA